UCCCCCGCCUCGCCUCGCCUCGCCUCGCUCCUCGCCGCGCCGGCAGGCAAGCAGCCGCCAUGGAGGAGGAGAGCAUGGAGGAGGAGGGCGGCGGCGGCUGCGAGGCCAUGAUGGAUGACCAGAACCACAACAACUGGGGCGCCGGCGGCUACGGGCGGCACCUGCUGGGCCCCGCCGCGGCGCCGCUCGGUGACCGCCUCCUGCGCGGCGCCGCCGCCGGGCCCCCGGCCGGGCCGGAGCUCCCCGCGGUGCCCGAGGCCAACGGCGUGCUGCGAGGCUGCGAGCCGGGGGGCGCCGGGAGCAAGGGGGGAGCCGGAGCCAUCGCCGCCGCCAUCAACAUCAACGCCUCGACCUCCAAGUUCCUAAUGAAUGUUAUAACAAUUGAAGACUAUAAGAGCACAUAUUGGCCAAAGUUGGACAGUGCCAUAGAUCAGCUUUUAACUCAAAGUCCUGGUGACUACAUCCCUAUCUCCUAUGAACAAAUAUACAGUUGUGUGUAUAAGUGUGUAUGCCAGCAGCAUUCGGAACAGAUGUAUAGUGACCUAAUAAAAAAGAUAACUAACCACUUAGAGAGAGUCUCAAAGGAGCUGCAGGCCAGCCCUCCAGAUCUCUAUAUUGAAAGAUUUAACGUAGCUCUUGGACAGUAUAUGGGAGCAUUGCAGAGCAUUGUGCCUCUUUUCAUAUAUAUGAAUAAAUUUUACAUAGAAACCAAGCUUAACAGAGACUUAAAAGAUGACCUUAUAAAGCUGUUUACGGAACAUGUUGCAGAAAAGCACAUUUACAACCUAAUGCCUUUACUUUUGGAAGCUCAGUCAACGCCGUUUCAAAUAACUCCUUCAACCAUGGCAAAUAUUGUGAAAGGCCUGUAUACACUACGACCAGAAUGGGUACAGAUGGCACCAGCUUUAUUUUCUAAAUUCAUCCCAAAUAUUCUACCCCCUGCUGUGGAAUCUGAGCUUCAGGAAUAUGCUGCUCAAGACCAGAAACUUCAAAGAGAGCUUAUGCAGAAUGGAUUUACUAGAGGUGACCAGUCACGCAAGAGAGCUGGAGAAGAGUUAACUUACAAUGGCUCAUCAGCUUGUGCAAGCUCCAGGGGGUACAGAUAGUGAAUAUACUGGAUCAGCUUCUAUUCCUAGCCAGAACAGACACUGGAGGAGCGCAGGUGGUAUCCGGAGCCUCCUUUGGCAACUGCUGAUACUUGAGCUCUGACACGAGCUAUGCCUCAAAGAAGAGUUUUGGACUUUCUUCUUUAUAUGAUAAAAUGUCAGUUGCUGCUACAAUUGGGAUGACUUUGAAAGACGUGAUUCCUUGGUCUGGCGUAUCAACAAGUUCACGUUCUGCGAUUUUUGUGAGGAAUGCACCUUGAAAAACAAUCCUUUCAAAGUGGAAACGGGCAGCCGAAAUCAGCAGCUUCCAAAAGCGUUAGAAUGGAAGAAUCUUUUUUGCACUCUUUUCUUAAUAUUAAGGACAUUCUUAAAACUAGUUAACACGUCAGUGUAUUAGUUUUUAAACUUCAAGGUAUUUUCUGGAGCUUUUACUUAAAUAAUAAGAAUAAAGUUUCAUUAUUUUGCA